GCAACUCGAGCAGAACGAUACAGUCCGUGACAACUCCAGUUAGGGCCUAUGGUCAUACCAUCAGCGUAAAUCAUAACACACGCCGUCAAUAGCAACCCUCAAGGUGUCAUCCGCAUUUGCCAAAAGUGACAAAAAAAACUAAAAAAAAAUUUCCGUUACGAUACAUUUUCUAACAUUCAGAAAAUGUGGACUAAUUGUGUGAUACAGUGCUGGAACAACAAACAUUUUAAGCGUGCCUAGUUUACACAAUUGUGUAAUUCGUGACUCGAACCGGCCCGAAAGGUUUCUAUGGAGAUCGAAGCUAAGUUAUCAGCGUCUAAUGAAACAUUUCGGUGGCCAUGGGUGAAGAACGCAAACGGUCAGACCCUUCUGGCUAAAUGUGAUUCGACCAUAGAAAAACCGCGACCUAUCGGAGGCGACCGACUUCUUGAUAUACCAUGCGGGGUUUGUGGGGACCGAAGCAGUGGAAAGCACUACGGUAUCUAUAGCUGUGACGGAUGUUCGGGUUUUUUCAAAAGGAGCAUACACCGAAAUCGGGUAUAUACAUGCAAAGCGCAAGGCGACUUCAAGGGCAAAUGUCCUAUCGACAAAACCCACCGGAAUCAGUGCCGUGCUUGCCGCCUUAAGAAGUGUUUCGAAGCCAGCAUGAAUAAAGACGCUGUCCAGCACGAACGCGGACCUCGCAAACCGAAGUUCAAGGAUGUCUCAGAAAUGGGCAAACUGCCAAAAGCAUCAUUUUUCCCUCAUAGUCGACCGAGAGACAGCAGCGGCGGACCCCUGGGACGUGCAGGCAACGGUGGUCCUCUGGCUCCCCCGUCGGGAUCUCCUUUUCUGCCUGGGACAUCUCUGGGCUUUUCGCCGCCCCCGCCCUUCGCAGCCCCCUCACCUCAGCUCGGCGCCCUUUCGCAUCCACCCGCCCAUUCGCACUCACACUCGAUGGGGCCUCUUCCCCGCGCUCCGCCUCCAGGAUUGCUGGCCGCUGCUGCUGCUGGGGGCUCCUCUCCGUUACCGCUGCCACCAGCGUUGAUGCUCAACUCAUCGGCGGGGCUUCUGCAGAUGCUGCUCAACCCCGCGGCCUCCGCGUCGGGCCUACCGCCACCGCCCCCGCCUCCACAGCAUCUAUCGGCGUCCACAGCCGGCAGCAACGGCCUUGGUCAACCUCAGGCAACUGCAACAGCAGAGUGGACUUCACCCGCGUCACCACCACCGUCCCAGGGACUCAUGGGAUUGACAGGUUUCCAGCGGCCUCGUUCACCAUCUACGGAGGACCCGUCCGAGCGGCCACCGUCAAGCUGCACUUCCCCUUUGCUCACGGUAUCGUCAUCUGCCUCGGAAAGUGGAUCGACAUCGACCGAAGUGAGACCCCGAAACAUGCCACAUGCGUUGGUAGGGGGUGUUUCCGGUGGCGGUACAACCCAAGAAGUGACGGCGCGCUUGCUAUUCAUGGUCAUUCGCUGGGUCAAGUGUCUGCCCACAUUCCAGACACUCUCUCGCAGCGACCAAGUGUGCUUGCUAGAGGAAUCGUGGAAGGACCUCUUCUUAUUCUACAUGUCUCAAUGGUCGGCCGGCGUCGAUCUUAUUUCUGCCCUGCCUGGUAAAGUGUCGCGUUCAUCGACGCCGAAAUCGCCACCUGGGUCCCCCGAGCGCAGCGCCGUCAGUCCAGUCAAUGCGCCGGACGUUGUCGACCUGAACCCCGUCGAAAUUCAUUACGUGCAAGACGUAAUGCGAAGACUGCGACAACUAUCACCCGACGAGACUGAGUGUAGCUGUCUGAAAGCUAUCGUGUUGUUCAAGCCUGAAACGAUGGGGUUAUGCGACACACAUCCUGUCGAAAUGUUGCAGGAUCAAGCGCAGUGCGUCCUUGGCGACUAUGUACGUCACCGUUAUCCACGUCAACCAACAAGGUUCGGCCGAUUGCUACUGCUGCUACCUAUGCUGAGGGCAAUUUCGAAUGCGUUCAUUGAGAAAUUAUUCUUUAAAGAUACAAUAGGCAACAUCCCGAUUGAACGGAUUCUGGGGGACAUGUACACGAUGGAAAAGGUUGAAGCAUCAGUGUAACGAAGAAAAAAGGAAAUAAUCGAAUCUAUCCCCAUAAAAAUAUCAAUUCCCGACGAUGUUACAUGAAGUUAAGGGACGAACUUCUCUAUUUCUAAAGCGCGUCGUGGUAAGAUCUAAGUUCUAUCUAAAAUCUAAGACUUCGGUAGACAAGCCCACUGACAGUAUAUCAUAUAAAUACGUGAUCGUGGAUCUAAGUACAAGGUGUAAAGUGGCACCUCGCAGACGAGGAGUCGCGUGGUCAUGAGCUAUAGGUUGCGGCAAAGGAAUCGAUGAUCCUCGAUCACGCUGAAUGACGGCUACUCGACCGAUGAUUCCACGUCGAGUAUCCAUUGGCUGCAUGGAGGUCUAUAUAUUAGAUCAGUGGGCUUGUUCCAUAAAUGAUAUGUUCUAGUAUUCUAGUGAUCUAUAAAGACGAACACCAGCGAAAAAAAGUAUAAUAGGCGAAAGAUGUUAUAAUAAACAGUGAGGAAGAGUGGGUCGCGAAGACAGAUAGCCGAAACAAAGGUUAAUCCGAUUGAAGAAACUUAACAAUAACAGGGAAACAAGUUACGGCUGUUAGCCGAUAUCCAGGAUCCGCUACGAAAUGGAAAAAAAACGGAACUUCAGAGCCCGACUAGCUAACAGCUAUUCAACGAAUUUCAUUACCAACAAACGAACAAUUAUAUCGUCAUUUGUCAAUAACAAUGGCACUUAUCAUUAAUACUCUUACAAUGAAGUGAUGCUGCAAGCUGAGCCAGACAAACAAUGCCAUAGGAAGAUAUUAACAGGGAUCUGGUUGAAUAAUUUUACACAAAAAGUAACACAAGAAGAGACGCAUGUGUAUACAAAGCAUAGGUAACAGACAGUUAUCAGCAUCCUUGUAGAAAGUCGUCGUCUUCGACAGUCAACGCAGGUGUAUUUCGUAAAGGACGAAUACUACAGAUCGAGAAUAGAGAUUGAGCUCCGCAGAACAGAAGAAGGAUUGAAUGUAUCCAGGGGAAUCAACUCUAUGUAGGUGGUAGAAGAACAGAAAAAGCACAGAGGUCGUAAUCACGAUCAUUCAUUAUCUCACGUUCACAGACACACACAUAGUCAGUAGGAGAAAUAAUGUUUCAAAAUAGUAAAGCACACAUGUCCAUUAGACAUAACGCGCUCUAAUCUCACGCAUAUUGACACAACGUAAAUACACGAAAACAGACACGCGUAAAUAGCAAAAAAGCAGACUUGCCACAGAUAAUUAGGUAAUAAGAUAAUACGACUUAAGUAUAAACUAACAUUGUAACGAAGUGCAGCGUGCAAAAAAAGGUUUGCCAAAGUUUCCGCUGUGAUCUCCUCACUGAUUAUGAUGUCGGCUAUUAUUAUAAUUAUACUCUUAUCCUCCUCGAUUUAAAUAAUAGCCCAAUUACUAUAAAAUAUUACGCUGUACAGAAAUAGAUGAACUACUAGA